CAAGUUAUCUGAGCAAAGUGGGGCCCAUCCUAGACCCCUAUGCCAAGGGUAAUGUGGAGGACAGGACCAUCACGGUAUGCAGCGGCUUGGACUUGGUCAACAUCAACUACAUGCACAUGGUGGCUUCCUCAGCCGAAUUAGCACAGGAAUGGUUUGAUGGUCUCCUGAAGAUUACGCACAACUUCAAGGCCAACAAUGUCUGCCCAAUGACGAGUCUAAUGAAGCAUUGGAUGAAGAUAUGCUUUCAGGUGAAUCCGAGUGGCAAUAUACCAGUGCGUAACCUCACCAGGACCUUUGCCUCAGGCAAGACGGAGAAGAUCGUCUUCAAGUCUCUGGAGGAAUUAGGGCUUCCCUCAGGAAAGAAUGAUGAGAUUGAUCCUCAGACAUUCCCUUUCAGCAAAUUCUACGAUCUCUACCACAAGAUAUGCCCACGGACUGACAUCGAAGAUCUCUUCAAGCAAAUAAGCAAAAGCAACCAAGAGGGUCUGACUGUCAGCGAACUCAUUGAAUUCCACAACGAGAAGCAGAGAGACCCCCGACUCAACGAAAUCCUCUUCCCUUUCUACGACCGGGAGCGCAUCCUGAAGAUCAUCCACACCUACGAGAAGGACCCAGAAGUUGUCAAGAGAGAUCAACUGAGCGUGGACGGCCUGUGCCGAUACCUGAUGUCAGACGAGAAUGCGCCGGUGUUCUUAGACCGUCUGUUCCUGUACCAAGACAUGGACCAGCCCUUGUCCCAUUACUUCAUUAAUUCCUCCCACAACACGUACCUGACGGGCAGGCAGUUUGGAGGCAAGUCCUCCGUGGAGAUGUACCGCCAGGUUCUCCUGGCUGGAUGCAGGUGUGUGGAGCUGGAUUGUUGGGACGGACGGAAUGAGGACCAAGAACCAAUCAUAACACACGGACUGGCCAUGUGUUCGGACAUCAACUUCAAGGACGUCAUCAUCGCCAUUCGUGACACGGCCUUCGUGACGUCAGAGUUCCCGGUGAUUCUCUCCUUUGAGAAUCACUGCACCAAGUUUCAGCAGUACAAGCUGGCCAAGUACUGCGAGGAAUAUCUUGGGGAAUACCUCCUGAAGGAGCCGCUGGCUGAUCAUGGGUUAGACUCUGGGAUCCCUCUCCCGUCACCCAACAAACUCAAGAGGAAAAUACUCAUCAAGAACAAGAGACUCAAAUCAGAGGUUGAGAAAAGGCAAUUGGAGCAGCUCCGACUAAAGCCAGGCACCAUCAUGAACUUAGAAGAUGAAGAAGACGAGGAACCAGAGUCAGACAGCGAUUCCGAGGACGAUGUCCCACCGCCAUCUGCAAGUGUAGUCAGCAAACGCACGCGCAGACAAUCCAAGCUAUCUGACUCACCGGAUAACGAGGAAGCCAAGAAAGAAGACAAUAAUAACGAAGAAAACUCAGAGGAAACACCAUCCGAAGAGACCGCAGAAGACAAAGAAAAGACAGGUCAGCAGCCUGUGGACGCACACCCAGAGCUCAAGGUUCUGCCGGGUACCAACAAGAUCGGCUCAACGGGGGACUUAGAAAACGUGGCUGGGGAAGCAGCCAAGGCCCCGGUGGACACUGUCACAAAGCCGCCGACACCGGCACCGCCAGCGGAGAAGGAAACGCCGGUGGGAACGCCGGAAACUGCCGAACCUGUCAAGCUGAAACCGUCACUCAGUAUGAAGAACAGUAACAAAAAGAACCUGUCCCGAGUGCAGCUUCUGGAUGCAAGAGCUGAGGCCAAGGCCAAGGCCGAAGCCCUAGCUGGUGAAAACUUACAGGGUGUUGAACAGUUAUCGCAAGACGAAGAAGCCUUUAUGGUGGCCAACUAUCGCUACACGGGAGCUACCACCAACAUCCAUCCCUUCUUGUCUGCUCUUGUCAACUAUGCACAGCCGGUCAAGUUCCAAGGAUUUGAUGUCGCUGAAGAACGGAAUUUUCAUUUCAAUAUGUCCUCCUUCAAUGAGGCUGUCGGCCUGGGCUACAUCAAGACUAGCUGCAUAGAAUUCGUCAAUUACAACAAGCGUCAGAUGAGUCGUAUCUACCCCAAAGGAGGCCGCUAUGACUCCAGCAAUUACAUGCCUCAGAUCUUCUGGAAUGCUGGCUGUCAGAUGGUUGCUUUGAAUUUUCAAAUGCCAGAUAUCGGCAUGCAGCUCAAUCAGGGAAAAUUUGAGUACAACGGCUCCUGUGGCUUUCUAUUGAAGCCAGAUUUCAUGAGACGACCAGACAAGUCCUUUGAUCCCUUCUCAGAAUCCCCAGUAGAUGGAGUCAUUGCUGCCACUUGCUCCGUCAGGGUCAUCUCGGGUCAGUUUUUAUCAGACAAGAAAGUGGGUACGUAUGUUGAGGUUGACAUGUACGGGUUGCCAACGGAUACCAUUAGGAGAGAGCAUAGGACCAAGACGGUACCCAACAACGGACUCAAUCCAGUCUAUAACGCUGAAGCCUUUGUCUUCAGAAAGGUCGUAUUACCGGAUCUGGCCGUCCUGAGAAUUGCCGUGUAUGAGGAGAACGGCAAGCUGAUUGGUCAGAGGAUAUUACCUCUGGACGGCUUGCAAGCCGGCUAUCGACACAUAUCACUACGGACAGAAGGCAACUUCCCUCUGUCUCUGCCCACAGUCUUCUGCUGCAUUCAGCUCAAGACCUACGUACCGGAUGGCCUGGGAGAUUUUGUGGAUGCAUUGUCCAAACCGCUGGAGUACUUAUCCCAAGCUGAGAAGAGAGCCAAACAGAUGCAGUCCAUGGGCAUUGAAGAGAAUGACAUCAGUGAAGUACCAUUAGGAGGAAAGAAAAGCAGCAAAUCCACCCUGAAGCAAGGAGCGAAGUCCCCCACUACGCCCACCCAAUCAGUGAACAGCUUUGCACCAACUACCAACUCCGUGAUGCUGAUCCUGUCAACAGAUACGCUGCAGAAGGACAAGGUUUACCAGAAGGUCCUGAAGAAGCAGAGCAGGGAGAUCGAGAGCUUACAGAGGAAACAUUCCAAGGAGUGCACGUCGGUAAAGAGGACACAUGACACUGCUGUGGACAAGAUGGCGGUGUCCCACGACAAGGAGAAACUCACCGAAGAGAAAUCACUGGAGAAGGCCAUCAAGAAAAAGGGAGAGAGCAACUGCAGCGAUCUCAAGAUUGAGACGGAGAACAAGGUCCAUUCUAUCGUUAAGGUUCACAAGAUAAGGGUUAAGGGCGUGGUGUCGGAGCAAGGCAAGGAAUGGUGUAAAGUCACGGCUCGCCAGACAGCGGAGAUAAACGCGCUGAAGGAGACCCACGUCUAUCAACAAUGCGAUGUCCUCAGGAAGCUGAUGACACAGAAACAGAUUGACCAACGCAAGACACUGGAAGCCAAACAUGCACGGGAGAUGAAGGACCUAGAGGCGAACCAGUGCAAGAUGUCCAUGGAAUCCAAGAAGUUGGUUAGUCAUGACAAGAGUAUCAAGAAUAAAGCUGAGAAAGACAGGAGAAUUCGAGAAUUGCAGAGCAACAGUCUUAAGAAAUUUAUGGAGGAAAGGAAGAGAUUACAAGUGAGACAGUCCAAAGAAAACGAUGAGUUGACGGCCGAGCACAACAAGCAGAUGGAUUUACUCAUCAGGGCCAAUGAAGAGAUGAUUGAAGCGCACAAGGCCAAGUUGACAGAGACCAAUAACUCCAACAGCAAAGUCGAGGCUGUGGUAUGAGACCUGACCAAUUUGUUGAGACCUUACGACAAUGAAACAUCCAAAGACGCUACACUGAGACUUACCCCGCCAGUCUGUCACCCUCACCCUCACCCUCCAACACACGUAGUGACAUUGAAUCAAGAAGGGAACCAGACGGAUUGGAAACUGAAAUAUGGGUGUCAACUGCAGUUCAUUUGUACUCUCCGUUUAAAAACUUAUGUUUCGAAAGGACUUGGUGUUUAUUAAAUAAGAAAUGAUCAUUGCUGAUACACAUUCAAAAUGGUAAUUUGUCCUUCAACACUUGUAUUUGUUUUAAUUCGGUCGAAACUUAGUCAGAAUUCAUGAUCUCGUCUGCUUGUGGGUUUUUUUUCAGUGAGAAUUACAACGACUACAAUUAUUUUGUUACCUCCAUUGAAGAAGAAUUAAAAGAAACCUUUGUUCACUACCAUCAGUUGUUGUUCAGUAAGGUAUAUAUAUUCGGCCAAAAAUGUUUUUAGGAAAUAUAAUUAAUGAUUUUUCUGUUAAAAAAAAAUGGAAAGAGCCAUUAGUUCUGUGCAUGAGGGAUAUGAAAUUGGAGUUUUAUAAGAGUUUUAUAAUAUGGAAAAAUGGAGUUUUAAUUUUUUUUUUUUUGGUUGAAUGAUUAUUAGAAAUUCAGCUUUUAGAGAUAUCCGUAUGGAUCCAAAGGAAAAAGCCAGUGGUUGAAUUUCUCCAAACUUCUACGCAGUAGUAUUUUUCUGAUGUGUGCUGCAAAAGUGAAUCAAUAUUGAAAAUUAUUUAUUGAAUCGUCAUCAUUUUCAUCAUUUAUGUGGAAUCUUUUAUUGAAUUCAGAGCCUCCACUUUCUGUAUUAUAUUUCUUGCCAAAACCGUUUUGGAAAAAAAAAAUCAGGAAAAUCCAAAACUCUAGUAUUCUUGUACUCCCUUGAUUCAAAGACCACCACAAAUAUUGGCCUGAAUUUUAAAGGUCAAUUUGUCAUUUUUCUUCUCAUUUUUGGAACUGUAAUUCAAAGCAAAGUUGAAGAGAAAUUGUAUUCGUUAGUAAUUGUAUUCAAAUACCUUGAGAAUUUUUUUAUUCAUAUCAUUGUGUGCUAAUUUUUUUCAAGAGAAAAAAAAUUCUAGAUUAAGUAUUUGAAUAAAAUAAACCAAAUGUUAUGUCCAGUACUGUUCUUAAAAAUUUCACGUUUUAAUUCUGAAGAAUUUAACUAGAAGUGUUGUAUAUUUCCGCUUACUUUGUUCAUUGGGAGAGAUCCAUGAAUGAGUCCUUCGCUGAGAAAAUUUGCAUUUUUUGGAAAGUAGAAAAAAGUAUGUUUUCCUCAAAUAUCAUCACGGAAGUUGAAUUCGGACUGACAAAAACGCACGUUGUAAAUAUGUACAGUCAAGUAAUGAGAUACAGUUAACAGAGACCAUAACCUUGACUAAAAAAAAAUUAAAAAAAAUAAAUAAAUAAAUAAAAAUGUGUAAAUAGACAAGACAAGAACGCUAACAUGUCUAGGUAUUUGAAAUCCCAGUAAACCAAACGUUACGUACUGUGUGUAUUCUGUGUUUCAUAGGUACAUAGGGAUAAUCCGACGUUUUAAAAGGUUAUAUAUAAUGAAUCAUUUUUGAUGCAGUGUACAUAUAUUUGUUUAUGAUAAAGAUACAUUCGUAGGAUCUUUUUUCAAAGAAAUUCUGUAUACAUGGUGCAUUGUAUCGCCCCAUCUUCCGACCCCCCCCCCCCCCCAGGAAAUUUAAAGAAUUUGUUUUGAUAGCAAAUGUGUUCACUGUUUAUUUGAAAUCCGAAUGCAUUAUUGGUUUUUGUUUGAUACCGGUAGACUUAUGCAUUGUAAAUAACGUUGGGGUGUAUUUUUUUUUCUCCAAAUCUUAGCUAAAAGUCACUACCAAAGGAGUUUUGUCGUCAAAGUAUCGUGGGGAAUAAUGGAACUCGCCUCUGUUUCCCUCUUCAUUUUUCUUCACGUAAAAGAGCCAUUUCAGUCGCCUCACAUGUUUUUGCGAAAGGAAAAAAAAUGCAUACCCAAUGCAUGAUAGAGUUUGAACAGGCACUAUUGACAAAGUGUUCAUAGUGAAGUCAUUGGCCGUAUUCAUGGUUUACUUGUCAUGCUUGUACAUACUGUUCAUAGUUCGUUUUGCAUACAGGGCUCGUUACGGUUCGGUUUAGUAGAAUUUUAUUUAUUACCGAUGUUAUUUUGUAAUAUUUUUGGUAUUUUGGAGAGUGUCAAGCCCUUGAAAAAGAUAAAAGAAGACCUAGUUUCGUACUAGUUUCAUACUUUUUUAUUUAGUAGUCGGGGGUACAGUGUUGCAUUUUACGUUAGAUUUAAGAGGGAAUUUGGGUAUUAGUCAAAGUAAUUCAUUAUAUUAAGUCAUGUCAGUAUAAAUAAUAAUAUCAAAUGUGAAAUUUAAACUUUAAAAAAAAAAAUGAAUGAUAGAACUUUAUAUUUAGGAUGUGUGGUGUAGAGUUUUAUAAUUAGGUGAGAAGAACGCAAAACUGUCUGCAAUAUCCAAGCUAGAAUGUACAAAUUCUCAUCGGUGUUUUUUUCCUGAUUCGUCCUUAAACGAAAAAAAAAUUAUAACUUUUAUUAUGAAAGAUAUUCUUCUCUCUGUAUAUACAGGUGGUUGUAUUAUUGUUCAAAAUAGCUACACAAAUUUAAUUUAUUGUUUAGGAUGGACGCCAAUUUAUGAAAUACCUAGUUGGUUAUUUUUUUUGCAUGGAAUGCUGAAGAAAUGUUAUACAUUAUGUAAAGUUUAUUUUUUAUGUUUUAAGAAUUGUUAAUGGUCGUGUAAUUUUGGGGUUACGAAUGAGUUAGGUCUUGUGUCCUAAUUUAGUUGGCAGAGUGCAGUUUUGUUGUUGGUCAUAUCCGGAAGACGAUGCCUCAUUUUCUUACUCAAAUUAAUGUGAUGCCAUACCUCCAUUGCAUUAUUGCCACGCCCCUUUUGCUUUGUCUUUGAUAUGUUGUUGCCACGCCCCUCCUAAUCUUAUUUGCUCCCUGUGCUGUGGUUGCACAAUUACCAGUUCAUCCCCCUACCUAGGGCCAACCCAAGAGUGUAAUGUUGCCACAAGCUACCUUUACCAAUCCCAUUCUGUGUGCUAUGGCCACACCCCUUCAAGUGCCACACCUAAAAGUGUGUCCAUAUGUCACUCCUGCAGAUGCCACACCCUCUUGAUAUUGCCACGCCCCUACUUGUACCCCACCUUACAUGUAUUCCUGCCCUACGUAUGUGCCACACCCAUUGUACCACACCCCUAGUUUACCCACCUUUAUAACGACAUACCUCAAGGCCACCAUUGCCACAACUACCUUAUUUCAUUAUUCCUGUCUUUUUGCUUGUGCCAGUGUCUACAUUUCUUCGUUGCAGAAUUUUUAAGUGUACGAUGAUAUAAUCCCGGAAUAGUUUCCUGAAAAAAUAAAGUUUGGUGUAAUUUUUUUCCAAAUACUGAAAUUUCAGACAAAUGAAAGGACACAAUCUGGUAAUCUAUUUUGAAAAGCUGUAUUCCUAUACUAUGUAAAAUCAAAUUAAAAACCUUGUAUUUCAUUUGUUCCAAAAACAGGAGGUAAAUACUAGCUGUUUUGGGUAGGCCCCUCUAUUUUGAGUUCAAACUGUUCCGGUCAUUAUCAGGCAUGCAACUGGGAAGUCAUAAAAAAGAGGAAAUUCAAAUCUUUCCCAGACUUUGUACAGUGUUUUUGCUAUUUUCAAUGGCACACAUGGGAAGUAAAAAAAAAAGAGGAAAUCAGCUGAUCCGAGGAAAAGUUGCAUGCCUGUCAUUAUACAGGUUAAGAUCACUAUUAGAAUGUGGCAUAGAAGCAAUGGCAGAUCGGUACGAUACCACUGACAUCAUCUGUUGAAUUAUAGUUGUUUAUAUCAAAUAGGUCUGACCAAAAAGCUAUUUUGUGUGGCCCUUUGUUUUUCAAAUUAUGCCUAGGCAUAACCCCUACCCUCCCUGAUGCUUCAAAAUCCACCAGGAUUUUUAAAGAAUUCAGGAAGGCAGAGAGCUCAGUCACUCUUAUUUUACAAAAAGACUUGAUUGUACUGUGGUGGAAUUUGGAGGAUCCUGGAGGGUUUCUAGCAAUGCUUGGCGAGUGAACGCUUCUUUCUUCUUGUCACCAUUGACUGAUUUACCUGUGAAUGUUAAAUAUGAAGUCAUCAAAACUGUUUGGUGAUGUGUCUUUCAUUAAAUUAAGAUAAAAUUAGUUUGUAUGUGGUUAUAGCAGUCCCUUUCUGAAGUUUGCAUUCAUUUCAGGAUUUGUGUAUGCAAAUUUCGAGAAAUUUAGCUUUUUUUUUCAACGUACUACAAAAUUAAUUUAAAUGAAGACAAUUGCAUUUAUUUGGGAGGUUAAUUUACAGGGUUUUAAUUUUAAUGAGAAUUGAUUGUCAAUUUUUUUAGGCUUACUUGAAUGUAGUUCAAAUAGAACAAUGUUUUAGUUAUAUAAAAAUACAGUGAAUAAUACUGAUUAAUGUUUAGCUACAUAAAUGAUUUGCAGUACGUUUUCUAUUGAAUAAUAUCCUCAUAGCUAGUUUGCAGAAACAUACCUUAGUCUCAUGCAUAACAGGAUACGUAAUGUUACAAAAAUUCGACUUUUAUUUUACUGCAUGACAUGUAAGAAUGUUGGCAACAAUCAAAGGGUAUUGUUAGGUGCUGCAGGCCAGUGUAAGUGUAGCCUACAUGAACUGUCGUUGACAAAGAAGAAAAGGAAGUUUAGUUAAAAAAAAAACACGAAAUUUUUCAACACCAAUAAUUUGGUUGCCAAAAAACGGUAGCAUAUAUUGCUUGUUUCCUUCACUGACAAAUCUGAUAUUGAUAUCAUUUUUAGGCAUUAAGAAGACAAAAUGAAAGAUGUGGAGGGAAAUACCGAGGGUAGUUUUGACUUUUUUUGGUCAUCUCUUUAUGGAGAGACCAUAGCUGCUUGUCUUUUUCAAAUGUGAUCUUUUUUUAUUUAUAAAGCAAUCUGGAAAUUUUGUAAUGUGAAAUUACAAUUUCACAUUUUGUGUUGUCAGAGUAAUUAACCAUCAUACCCCUUGUGUUAAGUUUUUCUGUGCUUCCUUAAUGGCGUUCAAAUGCAAGCAGUACUCUGUGAUGUUUCCCAACUGUAAGUUUUUUUCUUUAAUUGUGAGGGUUGCAAAUCUGGCUUUUGGAAAUCAAAAAGAGUUAUAAAUUAUGGUUUCUGUUGAAUUAUGAAAGUUUUAACAACCGUUUGAUCGCUACCUAAAUCCUCAGUCAAGCAAGCAAACACAUUAUUGAAAUUUUAAUAUUUGAAUCUUUGCUGUCACGUUGACGUCAAUCCUCUACUCGUCUUGGUUUUUUGCCUGAAGGUAUUCAAGCUUAUUUACGAUUGCAGUUUCAAAUUAUUUCAAAGCAUUUCUUGCAAUUAGACGUAGAUUUAAUGGUCCGCUCUUCCCUCCAAAUUUUCAUUUUGCAUUUUGGAAAAAAAAAUGUAAAACAAAAACUUCUGAAGCAAUAGCAUUUAGUUUCUUCCGUCUACUCAAAUUAAAAAAAAAAGGAAUAUAAAAAAAAUGAUUAAAAGUCUUAAAACAGAGCUGAUAAAAGGUUUUAAUAGUUAUGUCAGUCAGAAAUAGACAUCCCUAAAAAUGUGAAAUUUGGGAUGGCGGGAUGCCACUGAGAUAGUAAAUUCCUACCCUGCAGUCGGUUAGGUCUGUAUGUAUAGAUUGUGAAUAUUUCUCGGCAGAUAAAGUACUGUAUAGCGAGUGCACUGCCCUCUCUGGAUGUAUUUGUGCUUUUUUGAGAGUCAUCAGCUGAUUAUAAUGAGUGUUAACACCAAACACACGUGACGAGGCGUGUGGGGAGUACUAUUGGGUAAAGUCUAUUAAAAUAAAGUGCACAUUUUGACCAACUGAA